UCUCAUUCUUCGUGAACGCCGUGACAUGUGGGCGACACCGGCCAAAGAUCGCGACGAGAGCUUAACGUAUCCCAAGACGCCUGUCAAAGACCGUUACAAGUGCAGUACGUGUCCAAAGAAAUGCAAAAAGACCGGCAAAGGAAGUCGUGACCGUGACGGUUUGUGCCCUACCUGUGCGGAGAAAAAGCGGAAGAAGGCACAGUCUCAACAGCAGCUUGAGCUCGAGACCAUGGCGCCGCUUGUGGCCGAGUCCGCGCCGCCACGUGAGCCCGAGUCCGCGCCGCCGCUUGAGCCCGAGUCCGCGCCGCCGCGUGAGCCCGAGUCCGCGCCGCCGCGUGAGCCCGAGUCCGCGCCGCCGCUUGUGGCCGAGUCCGCGCCGCCGCUUGUGCCCGAGUCCACGCUCACCUCGUCGCCAAAGGCGCCUCGAAUCUGUGUCGGCGUGAGGGAAGAAAUUCCGCUCGAAAAGCCCGAAAUAGUCUUCAAGAUGUACGGUUUCGCAUUGAAGGCGUGGCGGCACAAGGAGUGUCCGAUUAUGCUGGACGACAAGAUCGCGGGUAUUCGGUGCGUCAAGUGCCGCGCGAUCCAGCACAAUUGGGCCCGUCACUUGGGGCGCUUGAAGUUCGAUGCCGCAGCGGAGCUCACGGAUGUCGUGGACGGCCCCGCAGCGUCCACGUCUCUCUUUGGGUCUGCGACGAGCUUCGCGGCAACCGUGCGCGACGGGAUCCUUCAAGAGCUGCCGUUGAUCAAAGACGACCAAUCAGAUGCGAUAGACGUCCUCGCCACGAUUGCUGAUACCUUCUCAAUCCCAAUGGGGUCUGUCUCGGUCGGGUCUCGGUCGUUCUUUAUAUGCCCCGGCGUUUGUGCGGACGACGUCGGGGUCGAUACGCUCGAGCGCUUCCGCUUCUUCGCCAAUGACGAGACGUAUCUUGUGUCCGGGUCCAACCAAAUGCGCCACGCGACGUGCACCAAGUGGAAGCUCGUCAAGGCAAUGUCGACGAACGUGCCCCACUUCGUGCUGGCGCUCAUCAACUGCCGCCGGAGCCGGCGCGGGGACUGGGACAGCUCGAUCAUCGAAGCCUCGCACCUCCAUUUGACCGUGCCCGCCUGCUUGGAGCGCGCUGCAUGGACAGCCGAGGCCUCGACGCUGACAUUGACCGUCAACUUUGCACCUGUUGCCGACGCCUUGCCCGACCUGCACGACCUCGCCUUCUUCCUUCCAGCGGCCGACGAGACUGUCUAUUGCUACGCGUCCAACGACGAUGCCUCCGAGGCCGCCACGUCAGCAGUCGCGAUCCUCAACGACAAGCUGUCGACGCCGUUCCUGGCGCUGCAGUUUGUGCACGCCGUCGAACAAGCGGUGCUCGACGUCCGCGCCGACGUCGGCAACGACGAGCGACGCGCCAAGGCCAUCGCCCGUGUCACCGCGCGGCUCACGUCACAGCCCGCUACGUGCGACGUCAUGCUGUGCCUCUUGGCAACCGCGGCCACGAGUCCGAACCGCCUCUCGCCACCUCCGCCAAUGUUCAAGCAGCCCAACGGCGAAAUGCACCUCGCCACGCUGAAGGACACGUUGUCCGAGGUGCCAUCGCUUCCCGAGCUCCAACGCGCCAACCUUGAUGAUAUCCUAUACCAUGACGAUCGUUUGCAUGUGACCAAAGACGCGCUGCCAGCGUCGCUUUGCCUCGCGAAUGGGGAUCUGGACAUUGCGCUCGUGGCCAAAGUCCACCAGAGCCACGAUCCGUGGUUUGACGAGAUGGCGGCGCAGCACGGCGUGGCGCAGUGCUUUCACGGCAGCAAGCUCGUACAUUUUCACUCGAUCCUGCAGAACGGCCUCCACGUCAUGAGUGGCACGCGCCACAUGAGCUCUGGCAACGUGUUUGGAGAUGGCAUCUACUUUGCGCAGAGCGCGCAGGUCGCCAUGAACUUUGCCUACGGCACGCCAAGCCAGCAGUGGACACGCAGCCAAAUCCUCUCGAACGAUGCGAUUUGCGUUGCGGUCUGUCAAGUGCUCACGGACCGCGACCGGCUCACGACGCUGCCAGGCACGACGCCGGACGCCAAGUACUAUGUGCUGACCGACCAACGCGGCGUGCGCGUCGAGUACCUCGUGUUUCUGGAGCCCAAAGCUGCAGCCCGGUCGGCGAUGCGACUGCUUCUCGGGUCGCCGUGGGACGUGGCGAUGAGUCUCUUUUGGUUUGCAGUCGCGUACGGCCUCUAUAGGCUCUGCGAAGCGACGUCGUGAACCUUCCAUCCCUGCCAUGUGCCACGUUAAAACAAAAUGACG